AGAAAAGUCAAAGAAGUGGAUCUGGAUUUGACUUUGCUCCCUCUUUGCAAAACCAUGCAACAAUGCAAGUUAUAGGGACGUUUUAUGGGUAGGGAGGGGAGGUGGAAGAUACCAUCAGUUUCCACCAGUCUGCUUUCCAGUCACUCACUGUGAGAGUGAAUCUUUUGUUGGGCUUUUUGUGUGUGCUCAAGCUGACCUGAAAAGGGCCGUACAGGAUGUUUCCAUUUCCAGCUCUCCAGCAUAAUGGAUGAAUAAACUCACCCCUCCUAUGUUGGUUUGUUGUAGCAAUGCUUUCCUGGCCUCUUCCCCUAUAUUAUGUGCCAUUCAUGCUUAUCAAAAGUCAGCAACUCUGAGUUCUGCUGACUUGGGCUUUCUCAUGCUGACUUGGAUUGGCUGUGGAAGUCUGAAGGCAGAGCAUGGUUUCCUCUGUCAACACAAAAGGUGCAUCCCAGAGCAGUUCAUUCACUGAACUAAGUCUGAAAGAAGUACAGGGGGUGAAUGACAUUGCUGGGCAAGACAGAGUUCCUCCUGCUUCUCCAGCCCAGAACAGCAUUCCAGAAACAGAGCAUGAGCAGUGUGUCCCCAAAGGCUGAGCAUUCCACCAGCUGGUGACUGAGAGCUGCAAUUUGAAGAAUAUUGGCAGUGCACAGAAUCUGGGGAGACAGGAGCACACAACAAUGCUGCUGAAAGGAAUCUGAGCCACAGAGCAUGCUUUGUGCCACAGUUACCCAGGUGCUGAAUGCUGCCUACAAACGACUUUGUCGAUGAAGGAAGAAACUGAUUGGGAACUGAAGGCGCCAACUAGUUCCUAAUCCUGUUCAACAUGCGCAAAGGGGUGCCAAAGGACCCAGAAAUAGCUGAGCUGUUCUACAAAGAUGAUCCUGAGGAGAUAUUUGUGGGUUUACAUGAAAUCGGACAUGGAAGCUUUGGAGCGGUGUACUUUGCUACAAAUUCCCACACUAAUGAGGUGGUGGCAGUCAAGAAGAUGUCCUACAGCGGCAAGCAAACCAAUGAGAAAUGGCAGGAUAUCAUCAAAGAAGUCAAGUUUCUGCAACAACUGAAGCACCCAAACACCAUAGAAUAUAAGGGCUGUUACCUGAAGGAGCAUACAGCAUGGUUGGUUAUGGAGUACUGUUUAGGAUCAGCUUCUGAUUUGCUAGAAGUUCACAAGAAACCACUUCAGGAAGUGGAGAUUGCUGCCAUCACCCACGGUGCCUUGCAGGGGCUGGCCUACCUGCACUCUCACUGUAAGAUACACAGGUAAGGCUGCUGCUUGGUGUCCUUCGAGUUACACUGGCUGAGUCUGAAAAUCACUUUGCUCUGUCUAAGCAGCUUUGUUAAGGUUCCCCUGCUAGAAUUUCCUCCAGUGGGCAUGUCAAUGCACCCAAUACCAGGGUAGAUUUAUAAAUAAAAGCUAUUGGAUGUAAGGAAUACGUUCCUUCUGAAAUAAUUCCAUGUGGUUAUAGGCCAGUGCUAAUUCUCUUUCAUGUUAGCAAUUUUCUAUGCAGACCUUGAUAACAAAGAGUACACCUCCGUGUUGGCAAUAAGCGUGGACAGGAAAAAACACAGUGUGAAUGCAUCAACUAUAGUAGUGUGGUAGAGCUAGACUACUUUAAAGACUUGACGUCUUAAGAAUUUUUUACAUGUGAGUAAGUAAAACUUUAUGCUUCAAGAAAUCAGCUGCUGAAAGCAUAAGACAAGGCUAAAACUGCCUUAGGAGAAAUAAGAGCACACACAGGAGGAUUCAGAACUGAUCACGUCUGUGGUCAACUUAUCACAGACUCCUAGAUAUCUCUUUCCAGGAGUUUUGAGUUUUCUACAACAAUCUGUCAAUGCUGUUGCAGGAUCCCAUUUAGUGUUUUUCUGUUACUGUGAGUACUGCUCCUGCUCGGUAUCAAGGAGUUGCUGUGGAAGUGAUGAGAGCUAGAAUUUUAGAAUUCUAGAAUUCUAGAAUAGGUUGUGUUGGAAGAGUCCUUAAAGGUUGUAGA